GUAGUUGGAGUCAUCAAGUUACUCCAAUUCUCCAACAUCCAACCUAUUGUAUAAGACAUCAUAUCAUCACCACCACACACCAUCAACAUCAUAACCAAUAUUUCAAACACAAUGCAGGCAGCACAGCUUGUAGAAUUCAACAAACCCUACAUCUUGACCACCGUCGACAUACCCCAAAUCCGCCCAAAUGAGCUUCUCGUCAAAAUCCACGCUGCAGGAUUCUGUCAUUCUGACCUCCAGGUCUUCCAAGGUGAGAUCAAUGGUCCUCUACCGAUGAUUCCCUCCCAUGAGCCAGUCGGCAUCGUAGCGAAAGUGGGAGAGGAAGCAUCGACAAAGUGGCGAAUCGGCGACAGGGUCGGCGUGUUGAACUUUAAGAAUGCCUGUUCAAGCUGUCCAGGCUGUUCAUCCACGCUCAGACGAUAUGGCAAAUUAGAUGCUCGAUUCUGCGAGAAGCGAGAAACGGGCGGGUUCAAGCACGACGGUGCUUUUGCCGAGUAUAUGGUGGCCGACUCGGCGACGACGGUGGCAUUGCCGGAUUCCAUCUCGUUUGAGCAGGGUGCGCCGUUGUUAUGUGCUGGUGCCACCGUCUGGGGCGCACUCAACAAAGCCAUCCCGUAUCUCCAACACCACGACACCAUCGGCAUCGUGGGAAUUGGAGGCCUAGGGCAGCUGGGCAUCCAAUUUGCAAAAGCAUUAGGCUAUCGCACCGUCGCCAUCGACAAUCGAGCAGAAAGCCUCGAUCUGACAAAGGAUCUCCCCGACCAUCUCAAACCCGACGCAACCAUCAACUCCAGCCAACCCGACGCAACCGACCAAAUCACCUCCUUCACAAACGGAGAAGGGCUGGCUGGGAUAAUCAUCUGCACCGACUCCAUUCCCGCAAACACAUGGAGUAUCGAACUCCUCCGUGUCGGCGGAAUCGCAGUUCUACUGGGUCUUCCACCGGACAAAUGGCAGUUUGAUUCCCACACGAUCCUUUUCAGAGAAUUGACUCUGCGGGGAAAUUAUGUGGCUAGUCGCGAUGAGACAGAGGCGAUGAUGAGGCUGGUUGAGGAGCAGGGGAUUCGGUCUCAGUUGACUGUUGUCUCGCCAGGGGAUAUUCCAUCCCUGCCGGAUGUUUAUAAGAAACGCGCAUUCCGGGGGAGGUUGGUGGUUAAGUAUGAUUAGUUUAUUAUACAUUACUUAUCACUUUCUAUAUCUACAUUUUCAAUCGUUUUAUUGUCUGUUCAAUAGUGUAUCUGGAAGAUCACCAAUUUAUAGGAUGAAAUUGCGGUCAACAAUAUACCAGCCAGCCACGAUAAACUUUAUCAAAUUUAACGGUGGCACAGACCAAUAGUGCUGCAUAUAAUAAUAGAAUUUAGUACUUGAGCGUAGUAACGAAAAUUUCUUUCUCUAUUGGUGCUAUAGAUACAAUCAAGAUCUCCAAUCAGUCCUCGAACAAUGGAUAGAAACAAUCAAUGAAUAACAUCUGCU